CCUCCCUCAAGGUGGAGUCUGGGGUUGACGUGAGUGAAUCCACAUGGUACAGGGCUGGAGAAUAAAGAGUGUGGAGUUGAACUCGUGCCAUUGUAGUGACUCAUCUCGGGCAGAGCGCUAGGGCUCGGAGCGAACCAGCGAGCGAGCGAACGAGCGGCGCUCGGCGGGGACCGAAAGAGGGAGAGAGAGGCGCGGCCGGGCCAGGCGGGCCGGUCCGGGAGCGGGCGCCGGAGCGGGGAGCGGGGCCGCGUCCCUCUCAGCGCCAGCUCAGCUUCAACCCCACCGGCGGCUGUUCCCCUGGCGCACUCGGGGCUGCGGGACAGGCGCACGCCGCUUUCUCCUAGUCAAGUGUCCGAGCCGCCCCGAAACUCCGGCGGCGAGUCGGCCACGGGAAGUUUAUUCGCCGGCUCCUUUUCUAAAAGGAAGAAACAGAAGUUUCUCCCAGCGGACAGCGUUUCUUUCCGCCUUUCUGACCGUGUCUGAAAUCGGGAAGGAGGGGGUCCCUGGGGCUGGCAGGCCAGGCUCGCCGGGCUCCCAGUCUUUUUUAAUUUCCAAUUUUUGAUUGGGCCGUGGGUCCCGGCUGAGCUCCGACUGCGCGCGGGGGCGGGAGGGCGCGUGCAGGGGAGGGACAGAGAGACGCGCCGACUUUUUAGAGGGAGGGACCGGGUGGACAACUGUUCCCGCGGCGCUCGCAGAGCCGGAAAGAAGUGCCGUAAGAGGCGCUCGGGGGACGCAGUUCUCGGGGUGUCGCCGCCUCCCUGUCCUCGCCCGCCGCGGAGGGGGAGAAACCCAAGGAGCGAAGCUCAGAGCCCGCGGCGCGGCCGGCGGACGACCGAGCGCGCAGCAGUUGGUGCGCGGCCGCGGCGAGGGCGGGGGAAGAAAAACACCCUGUUUCCUCUCCGGCCCCCACCGCGGAUCAUGUACCAGGAUUAUCCCGGGAACUUUGACACCUCGUCCCGGGGCAGCAGCGGCUCUCCUGCGCACGCCGAGUCCUACCCCAGCGGCGGCGGCGGCCAGCAGAAAUUCCGGGUAGAUAUGCCUGGCUCAGGCAGUGCCUUCAUCCCCACCAUCAAUGCCAUCACGACCAGCCAGGACUUGCAGUGGAUGGUGCAGCCCACAGUGAUCACCUCUAUGUCCAACCCAUACCCUCGCUCGCAUCCCUACAGCCCGCUACCAGGCCUGGCCUCUGUCCCUGGGCACAUGGCCCUUCCAAGACCUGGCGUGAUCAAGACCAUUGGUACCACCGUGGGACGCAGGAGGAGAGAUGAGCAGCUGUCUCCUGAAGAGGAGGAGAAGCGUCGCAUCCGGAGGGAGAGGAACAAGCUGGCUGCAGCCAAGUGCCGGAACCGACGCCGGGAGCUGACGGAGAAGCUGCAGGCGGAGACAGAAGAGCUGGAGGAGGAGAAGUCGGGCCUGCAGAAGGAGAUCGCUGAGCUGCAGAAGGAGAAGGAAAAGCUGGAGUUCAUGUUGGUGGCUCACGGCCCCGUGUGCAAGAUCAGCCCCGAGGAGCGCCGAUCGCCCCCAGCCCCCGGGCUGCCACCCAUGCGCAGUGGGGGUGGUGUGGUGGGCGCUGUGGUGGUGAAGCAGGAGCCCCUGGAAGAGGACAGCCCCUCAUCCUCAUCGGCGGGGCUGGACAAGGCCCAGCGCUCUGUCAUCAAGCCCAUCAGCAUUGCUGGGGGCUUCUACGGUGAAGAGCCCCUGCACACCCCCAUCGUGGUGACCUCCACGCCUGCUGUCACUCCAGGCACCUCAAACCUCGUCUUCACUUACCCUAGCGUCCUGGAGCAGGAGUCGCCCGCGUCGCCCUCCGAGUCCUGCUCCAAGGCUCACCGCAGAAGCAGUAGCAGUGGGGACCAGUCAUCAGACUCCUUGAACUCCCCCACUCUGCUGGCUCUGUAACCCAGCGCACCUUCCUCCCCAGCUUGGGAGGGGGUCCUCCUCGCUCCUCCUUCCCAGGGACCAGCACCUUCAAGCGCUCCAGGGCCGUGAGGGCAAGAGGGGGACCUGCCAGGGAGCUUCCUGGCUCUGGGGGAUCCAGGUGGGACUUGGCAGUGAGUAUUGGAAGACUUGGGUUGAUCUCUUGGAAGCCAUGGGACCUCCUCCCUCAUUCAUCUUGCAAGCAAAUCCUGUUUCUUGAAAAGCCUUGGAGAACUCGGUUUGGCGGACUUGGACAUCUCUCUGGCUUCUGAAGAGCCUGAAGCUGGCCUGGACCAUUCCUGUCCCUUUGUUACCAUACUGUCUCUGGAGUGAUGGUGUCCUUCCCUGCCCCACCACGCAUGCUCAGUGCCUUUUGGUUUCACCUUCCCUCGACUUGCCCCUUCCCUCCCCAGUGUCAGUUUCAGUCCCUCUUGGUUUUUAUCAAAUUUGCCAUGACAUUUCAUCUGGGUGGUCUGAAUAUUAAAGCUCUUCAUUUCUGGA